UGUCACCAUCGUCGUCCUCGCCCUGCUGUCCUUAACCGUCGAUGCGACCGCUUCUCCCGCCGCGAUCCCCGCGGUGCUGGAGGUGGGUCGCGAGCUGCGGAACGUCAGCAUGGCGUUCGCCGGCCGUUACAACGCCAACGCUGACGGCGACGCUGACGGCAAUGCCGAUGCUGACGCCAGACGCAGCAGCAGCACCGAGACGACCGCGAGUGCGGAUGAUAACGGGGACGUGCGGGAAGGGCGAGUGUUCGGGCUCCAUGGGUUGCGGCCGAGCAUGGGUUACGAGAUUAAGAUCUCCUUCCCUGCAAGUCUACCAGCGCGCUUCCAUCUCGCCCUAAUGGCCGUGGAUCCAGAAGCCGCCACAGGGAGCGCCCAGGAAGGUGCUGCUGGUGCGUGGGGUGACCUCGCAAGUGGCCUAGCAGCCAAGUCCAGAAAAAUGCUGGACACGGAGAAGGUCAUUUUCAGGACUGACAAGCACUCCAACGUGCUGCUGCAAGGCCGGCCGCUCGUACCUUCUGCAGCAGUGCAUGUGUGGGCUGAGCCCACAGCAGUAUUUCCAGGGGGGGGUCGUGAAGGAUCAGGGGAUGUGCUUUUCAAUAUAGACGUGCCGGACUACUCGCUGCUGUUCAACGAGGCGCGCGCGGCGAAGACGGAGGGAAAGGCGCCGCGCGUGGUGCCGAAAUACGGCGAGGAGAUGGCGGACGUGCCGACGAAGCGCAUCGAAGUGUACCUACCGCCGCCGUCCCCGCAAUGCUCGCCGAAGCGUCGAUCUGGCUGCUGCCUCCCGUUGUUUGGUCGUCGGUGA